GCUGAACACUGAGAGCCACUGGAUAAGCCAUCUUUCAAAAUCUCACGAACCAGAUAAUAAUGGCGUCGACCCUUCUUCUUCUUCCUCUCUGCAUCUGCCUAGGGUUUCAAUCGGAUUGGUUUCUCCUUUUCUAUCUUCUUCCAUGGCGUCCACAAUCACGAAUUUCCUGGCAAAACAGCCCCCGCAGCUGUCCCCAAUCCCCCAAAUCAGCCAAACAUUUUGCCCUAAUUUCAAUUUCCGAGUAUCUUCAAAACGACAGCGUUUGUUCGCGCUAGUAUCCUCCAAGCGGCCUAAUUUGGGGGUAAUGGCGACGGCGGCGCCGGGGGUGCAGAAGCCGCAGAGCGACGAGCGGGUGAAGCAAGUGCACAGCAUCGAGGAGUUCGACGAGGCUCUCCGGGCAGCGAAGAACCGCCUGGUGGUGGUCGAGUACGCGACGAGGGACAGCGAAGGAAGCAGCAAAAUUUAUCCGUUCAUGGUGGACCUUAGCCGCAGCUGCAGCGACGUCGAUUUCCUUCUGGUUAUGGGCGACGAGUCGGAGGAGACGAAAAAGCUCUGCCGGCGGGAGAAAAUCGAUCAGGUGCCCCAUUUUAGCUUCUACAAGGGGAUGGAGAAGAUCCACGAGGAGGAGGCGAUCGGACCGGACCAGCUGAUCGGCGACGUGCUUUACUACGGCGACAGCCACUCCGCCGUCGUGCAGCUCCACUGCCGGGAAGACGUCGAGAAGCUCAUCGGAGAGCAUAAGAAAGACGGGAAGCUGAUCGUGCUGGACGUCGGGCUGAAGCACUGCGGGCCCUGCGUUAAAGUGUAUCCCACCGUCAUCAAGCUUUCCAGGUCGAUGGAGGACACCGUCGUCUUCGCCAGGAUGAACGGCGACGAGAACGACAGCUGUAUGGAAUUUCUGCGCGACAUGAACGUCGUGGAAGUGCCGACGUUUCUGUUCAUCAGACACGGCCUGAUUCGCGGCCGCUACGUCGGCUCCGGCAAGGGGGAGCUCAUCGGAGAAAUACUUAGAUACCAGGGAGUCAGGGUUACUUAUUAAUUUUAAUUAUUAUUAUUAACAAACGUAAUUAUACAAAAUUUAUUAUAUAUGUAUAUGUAGACAUCUUUUUUGUGUGAGAUUUAAAUUAAUCAAUUGAUCUUUCAUACAUGAAUGCAA